AUGACGGCUAUCUUUACUGAUAUGGUUGAGCAGUUUCUAGAGGUGUUCAUGGAUGAUUUUUCAGUAUUCGGGGAUUCUUAUGAUGAUUGUCUGAAUAACUUGUCUAAGGUAUCUAAGCAAGGGAUUGAAGUUGAUAAGGUGAAAAUUGAAGUUAUUGAGAAGCUACCACCUCCUAAUUUAGUGAAGAACAUUAGGAGUUUCCUUGGGCAUGCCGGUUUCUACAGAAGGUUCAUCAAAGACUUCUCUAAGAUCUCCAAACCACUUUGCAAUAUUUUAAAGAAGGAUAUACCUUUCCACUUCGAUGGAGCAUGUUUGAAGGCUUUUCAAGAUUUGAAAGAGAGAUUAAUUUCAGCCCCUAUCAUUAUUGCACCGGAUUGGAGAGCUCAAUUGAAUUACACUGUAAUUGAGAAGGAACUACUAGCCAUUGUCUUUGCUUUCGAUAAGUUUCGCUCCUAUCUUGUGGGAACUAAAGUGAUUUUCUACACCGCUCACUCAGCCAUAAAGUAUUUGAUUUCCAAGAAGGAUGCAAAGACAAGAUUGAUUCGGUGGGUGCUUUUGCUUCAAGAGUUUGAUGUUGAGAUUCAAGAUAGAAAAGGGGUAGAAAACCAAGUGGCUGACCAUUUAUCAAGAAUGGAGCGUGAAGAAGAUUCUAACUCUCUUGUCCCCAUCAAAGAAACAUUCCCCGAUGAACAAGUGUUUGGGGUUAACCAUUCUCAUGAGCUCCCUUGGUUUACUGAUUUUGCUAACUAUUUGGCUAGUGGGUUGAUGCCACCAGAGAUGACUAGCCAGCAAAGGAAGAAAUUCCUGCAUGAGUGGUUUGAAGUCACUGCCUAUCCGACUAAUGAUUCCAAGGUGGUCAUGAGGUUUUUACACAAGCAUAUUUUCACUAGAUUUGGCACCCCAAGGGCUAUCAUAAGUGAUGAGGGAACCCAUUUUGUGAACAAGGUGUUGGCUAGUUUAUUGGCUAAGUAUAGUGUAAAGCAUAAGGUGGCUACGACAUACCAUUCUCAAACAAAUGGCCAAGCGGAAUUGUCUAAUAGAGAAAUAAAGGGUGUGCUUGAAAAGGUGGUGAAUCCGAAUCGCAAGGAUUGGUCUAAGAGGUUGGAUGAUGCUUUGUGGGCCUAUCGAACAACAUUUAAAACUCCAUUGGGGAUGUCUCCUUACCAUCUAGUGUUUGGAAAAGCAUGUCACUUGCCAGUAGAACUUGAACAUAGAGCUUAUUGGGCACUUCAACAACUCAAUCUAGACUUGCAACUUGCGGGGGAGAAAAGAAUGUUACAAUUUGACGAGUUGGAAGAAAUGCGGCUGUUUUCAUAUGAGAAUGCAAAGCUUUAUAAGGAAAAGACCAAGAGGUGGCAUGACAAGCAUAUCCAACCCCGUUCAUUUGAGGAAGGGUAG